GGUGAAUUGUGCCAUUGUAAUGUUGGUAAUUUAUAGUUAGCGCCAGAAAGGAAGCUCUUUCACUCAUUCGCUUGUGAGCGAAACAACGGUCGCGCCAAGAGUACGCUACAGGAUUUGGAGGUAAAAAAUAUAUCACCGGCGAAAUUUUAGAGGACUGCUAUAAGCCCCUGCAGAUUUACGCAAAAUGUUCAGCAACGAGAGUACGGACGAGAAACAAUUGCAAGACUUCAGAAGUCGUGAAAUGAGAAGUCGUGUACGAAAUUACAAAAAACAGAUGAAGACGCUGGAAUAUUCACGGCUUCGUUCGCUGGUUCCUUCUACAGCCUGCCGGCCUCGUGUCAGCAAGAUUGAAGUAAUAGAGGAGGCGAUCAAGUACAUCGCGUUUCUCCAAGCUACUCUGAGCUCUCGCUUGGAAGAAACCAACGAAAACAGUAACAGUCAAGGGGCAGAAGAGCGGACAGAGAGCGAAAGAAAACCGAAAAUUCUCAGGCAAAAAAGACAGCGUUUCGCUUCAUAUAUGAUUAAAACCCAAAAACACACCGUACCAGCGCGACGAAAAUUUUCAAGACAAAAGACAACAGAAAGCGAACAGCCAAGAUAGAAGAGCCAUUGUGUGUAACAACGGUGGAAAAUCGAGUACGCAAGAAUAAAACUGGAAGUUAUAUAAUAAAAGCUGCUCGCUUGAGAUGGAACAUUUUUUCCCAGCGCUGUGCAGCUCACUUCAGUGCUGAUGUACUGAUUGGUUUUGAAUUUAAUUGUAGCAUUUGCGUAGCUAAACCUCAAAUUUAAAUACAUCGUGCGAAGAUGCAGGGCCGAAAGUCACUGUUAUGGAAGUAAGCGCCGAAAAGUACAAAACACGUUAGGGAAAAAACUGUUGAAGUUUAUGCUUGUAAAACGAAAACCAGGAAAAAAAGAUUUUUAGUAUCCCUAAAUCUAAUAACUUCCUAAGACUUCCUUUUCAGAAGAGCUCUGAAAAAACCUUCAGAAAAUUUUUCUUUCGAUUAGUUUUCUACGUAAAUGCAAAUGAAAGGAAACUGAAACAGACCGUCACGUGGUGAAAUUUUUUUUCGUGUGUGUCACAACGGUGUGUGUGAAUGUGUCAAAAGUUUUGCUAAAAGCUGACACCGACAAUCAUUUCACAUAAGCUUGCUGUUUUUUAGUUUUGAUUACGGUCUCAAGAACUUAUCAAUGAUCACUUCUGGUCCAUCUUCCACAAGCUGAAAAAAAAAAAUUCAAACUUCUGUUCCGCAACUAGCUCAAGUGGGUUACAAUUUUGCUUUCCGAAAGGAAGUCUUAAGAACGGCCAAUGCACGCUGAAACAUUAAAACACAUCAUUCAUUAGCUGGAAAAUUCUCCUGUUAUAAUUUUAUUUAAGAAGGAAGAGGGAGGGAAAAUAACAAAGACGAAACAUUCGAGAUGGUUGUUCAGUCAGUUUUUCCCCUUUUCCUUUUAAAACAAACGGAACUCGAAACACUGCAGCGGAACUAAUGUAUUUAUAGCUAUCUAAGGCAAAGACAUAAUAAAAUCUUUGAGG